AUGCAGUUAGAUAGGGCAGGAUUUGUUAUACACUACAUAAUCUUUUUAUCCAAGAUUAUCCCUUUGAUUUUAAUUUUGUUGAAAAAAUUUUCAGUCAAAAGGCCAGAAUUAUUUGCAUCGAAAAACAUUGAAAAUAUUCAAAUAAAAAACGAAAAUGUGGCAAAUAAAUUAAAAAAUGAGGAAAUGCCUGGAAGAAAAAGUGAAGAAGAAGGAAGCGAGGAAGAAGAGAAUAAUGAAGAGGAAGAAAAUAAAUUGGAGGAAGAUUUUAAAUCAACAAUAACAGGGGAAACUACAUCAACAAUUAAAACAACAACAAUUACUUCCCCACAGAAAACAUUUAAAACAGAAUUAUUUACAAGCACAACAACAACGUUACCAACAACAACAUUUAAUUAUUUAGAAAAACAAAGAAAACUUGAAUUUUAUAAUGCCCGUGGAAUUACUACAAGGCAUGAAAUAUUAAAUUUUCCACAAAAACUUGAAAAAGAAAAGAAGGAGUUAUUAAAACAAAAAAUAAAUAAUCAACAACAGAAAGUAAUCUCACCAAAUCUCGGUAAUGAUACAGCCCGAGCUUUGGAAUGGAUGGUUGAAGGAAUAAGUAAAUCAUUAGAACAACAACCUCCUCAAAUCCUUCCAAAUAAUCGGAAAAAUAAAUUAAUUGAAGGUAAAAAUACGAAAGAAGAAAAUGAACAGGAAAUUGAGGAAGAAGAAGAAAAUGAGGAGGAAGGGGGUGAAGUAGAUGAAGAUAAGGUGAAGAACAGAAGAAGGCCUUUACUUCACUCCGGGGAAUUGGAGGUAAUAAAUAACUUGAAGUUUAGAUACUUCUUUUGGAUGAAGAAAAUAGUAUUGGGAUAG